CUCUCAUUUAUUUCCCCUCCUUACUUCCAGUUCUAUUUUCCUUUUCCCACCACUACUCCCUCCUUUUAUUCUUGAUACCCAAGCAGCAUUUACUUCAUUCCACCCUUCAAUUCGUCACCAUGGGUUUCACCGAUCUUCUGUCCGACGCCGGUCUUACCGUCCUCAACAGCUUCUUGGCCACUCGCUCCUACAUCGUCGGCCAGGCCCCCUCCCAGGCUGAUGUUGCCGUCUUCAAGGCCCUGAGCUCGGCUCCUGCCGAGGACAAGUACCCUAACGCUGCGCGGUGGUACAAGCACAUUGCCAGCUACGAGGAUGACUUUGCCACUCUCCCCGGCGACGCCACCAAGGCCUACACGACCUACGGCCCUGAGGUUGUCACUGCCACUCUCAACCCGGCGAAGGCCGAGGAGAAGGCCGGUGACGAUGACGAUGAGGACCUGUUUGGCAGCGACAGCGAGGAUGAGGAUCCGGAGGCGGCGAAGGCCCGAGAGGAGCGCCUUGCCGAGUACCGGAAGAAGAAGGAGGGAGGCAAGCCGAAGCCUGCUGCUAAGUCGAUUGUGACGAUAGAUAUCAAGCCUUGGGAUGACGAGACCGACAUGGCUGCUCUCGAGUCUUCAGUUCGCGCCAUUGAAAAGGAUGGCCUUGUUUGGGGUGCUUCCAAGCUCGUCCCCAUUGGGUACGGCAUCCGGAAGCUGCAGGUCAACAUCGUCAUCGAGGACGAGAAGAUCAGUGUGGAUGAGCUCCAGGAGGAGAUCGCCGAGAUCGAGGACUACGUCCAGUCUUCGGAUGUCGUUGCCAUGCAGAAGCUCUAGACGCCAGAGUCGAGCGCGGGGAUGCUGGUUUAGGUUACGGAUCCCUCUUGUGUCAUGAUGUUAUGAGUUAUGAUAGGGUCAUGAUGUCUAGGAGGGCUCAAGGGACCUCGGGGCCGGGGUCUACGAGGCCCCUCCCAACUUGGACUUGCUCGUCAGCUUCCGACAGGCGGAACUACAGAACGAGGAAAUAAAUAAAAAAAUUACUUUGUGGAAUCAAACUUUUUUAGAGCCCC